GCGAAAGGGGUGAAUUUCCCCCCGUUUAUAGGCAAAGUCUCGUAACGUUACAGCGGUAGUGCAGUGCUUAACAAACCAAUGUGUCAGGCGGAUAAUGGAAUUGCAAACGAGGCCCCGGUUUGUUGCGGAGGAGACUGAGCGUGUCGGGAUUUUAUGGCAUAAUCUUUCUGUGAUUUUUAACGACAGUUUUAUUGAUAAUUUGAAUGGCUGGCACCAUUCUUGUAUUCAAUUUAAUCUGCGGGUGAUUCAGCGUUUGAUAGUUGAUAUUAGACUAACGGGCUAUAAUUUGUGUCGUAACUCCUUGUGUAAACCUCACCAAGGCAACUCUAACAGGUUGGUCACGAUAGUUUGCUUAUAUAUAUCUAGGGUAUGUAAUUAAGAUAUCAAUGGCACUCCUUUGUGUGCACUAGA